CAUGACGGACGUAGUAUUUCAGACCAAAUUAAGAACCAACCGCUCUGCCUGUCAGCCCUGUUUGAUUGGUCCCGGAGAGCAGAUGGUAAGGUAGAAUGGACUGGACAACUUUGUACUGUACCAUAAAAACUUACCUAAAUUCAACCUCGCACCAUCCCCUUUAUACACUUGAAGCCUUUUACCUGAAUAAUACGACCAUGUGUAUGAAUGGCUGACCUGAGACCUCAAGAUUAUUCCAUCAUAUGGAUUGCGCCGCUAGAAAUCGAGGCACAAGCAGCCAUACACAUGUUAGACCGUAGACAUAAUGGUAGGUUUCCGGUGAGCCGCGGUGAUGAUUAUGUGUUUCAAGCUGGAGAAAUGUGCGGACAUAACAUUGUGAUCGCGACUCUUCCAGCGGGCCAAGAAUACGGAACGGGGUCAGCCGCAGCACUUGCUAGCCAAGCGAAAAAGUUCUUCCCAAAUUUUUGGUUCGGUCUUCUCGUGGGUGUGGCUGCUGGUCUCCCUAACCUUCAACGAAGUCCACCGCGAGAUAUACGACUAGGUGAUGUUCUUGUCAGCGUCCCUAAUGUCAAUCGCUCGGGGACCGUGGCCUACGCCUUGGGCAGAGAGACAGGAGAAGAAGAGCUCGAGCUACUACGUCAGGGUCAUGUUCUAGCCCAAACAGAGCCUGUGGUGAGAGCUGCAAUUGGAAGCAUCAAGCUAAAUUCGCCGAAUGAUUCCGAGCUAUUUCUUCCAUAUUACGAAACCAUGAAGAAUAAACUGCAUCCGAAUAGGACUUUCGAUGACCCUGGACAGGAACAUGACAGACUUUAUCAGCAUGGUGAUGAUGGGGUUGAAAGUCUUGUAGAGAGACAACCGCGCCCCGACUCUCAACGAACUCUUGUGUGGUAUGGAUCUAUAGGGUCUGGCGAUAAGCUCAUGAAGAAUGCUGCAAGACGAGACGAAUUGAGAGAUAAGUACGACAUCAUUGGCCUAGAGAUGGAAGCAGCAGGGACCAUGAAUCGGAUCCCCGUCGGGGUAAUCAGAGCUGCUUGCGACUAUGGGGAUAAACAUAAGAACAAGAAGUGGCAGCCAUACGCAGCAGCCAUGGCGGCUGCAUACGCCAAAGCCAUCUUGUCUCAGAUUCCCCCGACGCCUAGGCCUGACAGACGAGAUGGGCAAGGACGGAGCAGAUGUCGUGCAAGAGACUCAACAGACUCCGAUUCAGACUCAGAUGAAGAUAGUAGGAAUAAACGACCCAAAUUAGAUAGUACGACUGGGUCCACAUCUAGAAGAGAUCGUAUCAUCUUUAGAGGUCAAGGAAACCAGAACGUAGGCUCCGGGAGUAUCUCGAUUGGUGGGGGGCAGUAUUUUCAUUGAAAAAAAGAAAAGCAAAAGCCCAUCUCCUGUAUUUUGUAUGGAGAGUUUACUCUUUGUCCGGACCGUCCCGCGAUCUUACCCCUGUUGUUCCUAAGAUUAGUGGCUGUAGCGGGGUUCUCGAAAUGUACUGUCUACUUUCACAAUACUAUAC